AUGCGUGGCUCUUUCGCUCUUUCUCUGCUCUCUGCGGCGCUGGGCGCCUCUGCUGCUCUCACCGAGUCUAACCUCAAGACCUACGUCGACGUGCUGGCACUCGACAGCUCCUUCAACCCCAUCGAGGCGGCCUACUGGACUGACUACGUCCAUCAUCGUCGGACUCCCUUCGCUGUCUCCCCUGAUGGAAAGACUGCCUAUCUUGCGUACCUGGAUGCCAGUGGGUCUGACGUCCAUGUUACUGAGCUGGACCCGACUACAUUUGAGGCUACGGGAACCACCGUCACUGUCAGCGGUGGACAGGAGGCCGGUGGUCUUGUCGCCCACAAUGACGGCUUCGCCCUGUUGACCAACGAGGCCAUGCCCUCCGGCACCACCAAUGCUCCUCCCAGCGACACUCCCGUCCCCGUUCUCCACCGCUACACCAACGGCAAGCAAACCUGGAAGACCUGGCUCGGUGGUCCCGGCGUCCACUCCUCCGACGGUCUCUCCGCCUCCCCCGACCUGAACGGUGACCUGGUCUACUCCGAGUCCGCCGGCCUCUACGGCGCCUACUUCGUCGUGACCGACUACUCCGGCGACGCCUCCGGCCACUACGGCGACAGCAUCGAAUACGUUGCCGACAACGGCACGCUCGUAACUAUCUCCGGCGCCUCCAGCUCCUGGGGCUGCAGCCACAACACCGGUAUUGCCUUCGAGGCUGCUGACGAGCCUCCCUAUGCCAGUAUCUGCGCCGAAGACCAGGGCGCCAUUUGGCUGAACACCAAGACCCAGGGCAUGACCAACGACGGCAUCAAGAUCUCCAACGAGAACACUACUAACGGUGCCUCCGGUGAAGCCAUGGGUGGUAUGGGCGGCAGCUACAGCGGUCUGGCCCGUUUCGCUGACAGCACUCGGUACAUCUUCACCUGGGUCUCCCGCGGCGCUGUCGACGUGACCGAGAACACCUGGAUGGGCGACGGUUACACCCACGUCAGUAACCGCACUAACCCCCGCAAUGUCGCCCUCGCCCUGUUCAGCGACAAGUACACCAAGGUCGGCAAGCAGGCUACCUCCACCGUCGGUGCCGAGGACGGCGAUAGCCAGGUCACCUGGGUGACCUCGGGGUCGAACGACUGCUCCAAUGCUCACGUCGCUACCUUCGGUAACUCCUCGGCCCUCAUCACCUGGGAGGAGAUCUCCGAUCCCCUUUGUGAAUACAUCGCCAUGGGCUGCCGUGGACAGUUCGCCGGAACUUACUUUCAGGAGGUCGAUUCCGAUGGUAACAAGGUCGGCGAUGCCUUCAAGAGCACGGAUGUCUAUGUCUCCGGCGAUAUGGUCACCAUGUCGGAUGGCCGUAUCUGUUGGCCGUAUGUCAACAUGGACUGGGAUCUCUCUGAGGUCGUUUGGUCUGCCGAUAGCUCCAAGUACACCAAGAAGAUGAGCUUUGCUUGCAUCGGAGGUAGCGGUAGCUCCUCCAACUCUACUACCACUGCCUCUUCUACUGCCAAGGCCAGCAGCUCUGCUUCUGUCGCUGUUGUGAGCAGCGCUUCUGCUGCGGUCACUCAUGUUGCUGCUGGCGCGGCUAGUGUGUCUACUGAGCGUGGGACUGUUUCGGAGACUCCUGUUGCCCCCAGCAGCGUCGCCGCUGUCGCUGCGGAGGCUACUUCGGCUGUUGUCUCUGCCCAGGUCCCCAGCUGGACUGUGGGUGGAGAGGCCCGUCCUUCUACCUUCCAGACCCAGGUGCAGGUGCCUACCCAGGCCGCUCAGGCUGGAUCGAACUGGGGAAUCAACAAGGGCUUUGGCCAGGGAUUCAGUCAGGAAAAUGGACAGGGCGAGGAGGAGCACGAGGGUCACUGCCAGUUCUAA